CUCCUCCUCCUCCUCCGCCUCUCUCCGCUCUCAACUCUCCACUCUUCUGCUCUUUCCCACAAUGUCCCUCCUCAGAGCCAUCGCCCGUCCCGUGGCUUUCGUCCGCCCGCUCUCCUCCCCCGCAGCCCUCCUCGCCCGCCGCGCAAACUCCUCCGUCACCGCUCCUCCCCCCGAGGACGUCACCACUCCUCCCCCCCAGGACGCCAAAACGGGCCGUAUCUCCCGCACCAAGCCCCCCACCAUCCCCACCCCGCUGAUUUCCGAUCUGCCCGCGCGCUGGGAGUCCCUUCCCAUCAAGGAGCAGGCCGCGCUCACCGUCAAGAUCUGGAAGCGCCAGACAUUGCCCUGGACCGAACUCACCCUCGACGAGAAGCGUGCCUCUUUCUACAUCUCCUACGGUCCCUGGGGCCCUCGCAAGCCCAUGCAUGGUCCCUACGACACCUACAAAAUCAUCGGCGGUGUGAUUCUCGGCCUCGCCGCCAGUGUCGUUCUCUUUGCCACUGCUAGAUCAUUCGGCGGCCCUGCUCCCCGAACUCUCAACCGCCAGUGGCAAGAGGCCUCCGACGAGCGCUACAACACCGGUCUCGUCGAGCCCUUCAGAGGCAAGUGGUCGCUCGUCCAGAGCGAUCCUGUUGUCGACGACGAGGAGUAAACACCCCUCUCUUCCUCCUCCUCCUCCUCGACCUGCAUCUUUGUUAUACUGCUUAUUAUUCCAUCAUUUCACACAAAAAGAAUAUAACCUUUCUUCUUUCCCUUUGAUUAUCUCUUUUUACUCGACAAGUAUCGGUAUUGGUGCCGCCUACUUCUCCCACAUAUUCCUUUUCUUUUACUGACCUAUCUACAACCAUCUCUCUUGUUUUGUGUUCUUUUAUAUAUAACUGGAGUUUUUAAUUAUUUCCUGCUUUGGUUUUCAAAGAAAAGAAAGAAAAGAGAAAGAGAGACAAUGUGAUAUUACUAUACUAU